CAGCCAGGCACUAGCUACUGUCUCUUUCUCUCGCGCUCUUUUACCACUGAACAAAGCAGAGAAAGCUCCGUCGUCUGUAAAGAAGAUGUUAUCAAUCUCGCUUCGCCUCUUGGGCUGACCCCACCUUCUUGCCGAAACAGGAAUGGCUUCAAACCUAGCCGCGAUCAGAUUAGACAAGACAAGAGAUUAUCAAUCUGAUAACGAGCAUGCGCGAGAAAAAUUUUCCUUGCUUCAAAGCCUAUUUCGCCUCUUGCGGCUGUAUCAUUGGCUGGAACUCGUGGAAGAGGACGGAACUGCUCGCGCCAAAGCUGGCUGAUCUCAACUGAUUGAUUAGAUGAGGACCCUUGCAGUGGGCGCAAGAGGCCGUCCGGGUAGUUAGUUAUGUCACUGCUGGGGCUAUUAUUUAAAAGACCCAGUUGCUCCCACUCCCCUUCUCGCCGUUGAACGACCCUGGUCUUUUUACUUCUUUUCGACUUCUACAUCUUUUACUUCUUGUGCCUGGUUUGUUCAAUUGAGUCGCGUGAGCUAGGGCUGAGUUGAAGACAUGGCCGUAGAAGUCGAGGAGAAGAUUGCCGCGCCUGCUGAUGCACCGCCGGAUUACAGGACGCAGCAGAGUAACGGCCAUGUGCCCGCUGCGGAUGGACAGCCGGUGAUACUCGGCAAGAAGAGUCCUGGCGUGCUGCGUGUCGAGGUUAUUUCCUCGCAUAUGACGCUGGUGGAUCGCAUUAUUCUCUUCAUCGGCAUCUUCCUGCUUGCUUAUGCUUAUGGUCUUGAUGGAACGCUGCGGUUUACCUUCCAGACAUAUGCGACUGCAUCGUAUAGUUCGCACAGUCUGCUGGCUACCGUCAAUGUCCUGCGUGCUGUCAUUGCGGCUGCUGCUCAGCCCACCGCCGCUAAAAUGGCGGAUGUCUUUGGCAGAGCGGAAGUCAUCUUGUUCACCAUUGUCUUCUACGCGAUCGGAACCAUUGUGGAGGCUACUUCCGACGGCGUCAAGGCGUUCUGUGCCGGCGCAGUGCUGUACCAAAUCGGCUACACUUCAAUCUUGCUCCUGGUCGAAGUCCUCAUCGCGGACGUGACCUCGCUCCAAACCCGUCUGUUCUUCUCCUACAUCCCAGCGACGCCUUUCCUCAUCAACACUUGGGUCAGUGGAGACAUUACCAACGCCGUCAUCACUCACUCAACAUGGCAAUGGGGUAUCGGCAUGUGGGCAAUCAUAUACCCCGUCAGCGCCAUACCCGCCAUCACAAUCCUGUACAUAGUCCAGCGCCGCGCAAAGAAAGCCGGUGCCCUAGACAGCUACAAGACCCCCUUCCAGAUCUACGGCGGCAAGAAGAUCGUCACCGCCAUGUUCUGGCAACUUGACAUCGUCGGAGUCAUUCUGCUACUCGGCGUGUUCGCCUUGAUUCUCGUCCCCUUCACCAUCGCCGGUGGUGUCGAGACGCAAUGGAAGACCGCAAAGGUCAUCGCGCCGCUCGUCAUUGGCGUUUUGCUUAUCCCCGUCUGGCUUUACUGGGAAUCAACCUGCUUGCAUCCCAUGGUUCCUUUCAGACUGCUUAAAGACCGUGGUGUAUGGGGCGCACUUGGAAUCGCCAUUAUGCUUAACACUGCGUGGUACAUGCAGGGAGACUUCCUUUAUACCGUGCUCGUGGUUGCAUUCAACGAGUCCAUCAAGAGCGCUACCCGCAUCACCUCCAUUUACAGCUUUGCUUCCGUCCUCACGGGUGUCGCCAUGGGUGUCUUCGUUUACUUCUUCCGACGACUCAAGCUUAUCAUCGUUGCUGGAACGGUGCUGUUCAUGGUUGCUUUUGGCCUGUUGAUCUACUACCGUGGUGGAUCAGGCUAUUCCAGCCAUGCAGGUGUCAUCGGUGCGCAAGUCUUGCUUGGAAUCGGUAAGUAUUCCCAACCCAUUAUGUACUGUACAUCAGCUAACGCCUGCCUAGCCGGCGGUAUGUUCCCGUACCCGGCCCAAACAUCCAUUCAGGCCGCUACCAAGCACGAACGUGAGUCAUGCACUCAAUUGGUAUCAGCUAUACCAAUUCAUCAACUAACAUGUCGCAGACGUCGCCGUCAUCACUGGUCUGUUCCUGGCCUCGUAUAGCAUCGGCUCAGCCCUAGGAAACACCAUCUCGGGCUCGAUAUGGAACCAGGUUCUCCCCCAGGCUUUGAAGCAGCGUAUAACCAACCAGACCCUCGCGGCGGAGAUAUACAGUGACCCAUUCCCCUUUGCCACCGCCAACCCCAUCGGCACUCCUGACCGAGACCAUGCCGUCGAAGCAUACAAGCAUGUCCAGCGCCUCCUGUGUAUUGCCGGAAUAUGUCUCUCGGUGCUACUAAUUGCGUUCUCUCUCGUGCUGCGUGAUCCCGUGCUUGGAAAAGAGCAGAGUCUUGCGUUUGCAGACAAGGAUUCGUCUGAUGAUGAGAGCUCGGGUGCCGAUGCUGCUGUUAAGGUGUAGACGGCCGGUAUCUACAAUUUAGAUCUGUGCUAUCAUAUCAUAUAUGGAUGGAAACUAAAAAAGGAUAUUCUUAUUUGUUUGGAUGAUACCGCAUGUUUAUCUAAUUAAUACACUUUGUUUAAUAUAUUUUCCGUCUCGUC